GUUUCUGUCCGGAUCAGAGCAGAAACCCUCAGAAAGACAAGAACCUUCAUCCUGGAUUCCAACAGAAAAUACUUUUGUUCCUCUGAUCUCACUUUAGAAAAUGUUCUCCUCAUUGAAGCUCAGCUGACCUGAUUAAUUCAGACAGGGAGGGGGCAUGAAUUAAAAUAUUUCUCAGGGACGUCCAGCAUUGGACAGUCGGUCUGGAACGAAUGAGGACUGGGAGUGGAAACAGGAGUCCUGAAAGGAGUUGAUCGUCUGCACCUCCUCAGGAGAUCCGGACAGGAGCGUCUGCACCUCCUCUCAGGAGAUCGAAACAGGAGCGUCUGCACCUCCUCUCAGGAGAUCGAAACAGGAGCGUCUGCACCUCCUCUCAGGAGAUCGAAACAGGAGCGUCUGCACAUCCUCUCAGGAGAUCGAAACAGGAGCGUCUGCACCUCCUCUCAGGAGAUCGAAACAGGAGCGUCUGCACCUCCUCUCAGGAGAUCCGGACAGGAGCGUCUGCACCUCCUCUCAGGAGAUCUGGACAGGAGCUUCUGCACCUCCUCUCAGGAGAUCGAAACAGGAGCGUCUGCACCUCCUCUCAGGAGAUCUGGACAGGAGCGUCUGCACCUCCUCUCAGGAGAUCGAAACAGGAGCGUCUGCACCUCCUCAGGAGAUCGAAACAGGAGCGUCUGCACCUCCUCUCAGGAGAAACAAGACCUUAAGAAAACAAAAUGCCAGAGAAAGACGACCAGCUGAGGUUGUCCAGAGUCAUCAGCCAGUGGAACAGCAACAGGCUGGACCUGUUUGAGAUCAGCCAACCUGAUCAGAACCUGGAGUUUCACGGCGUCAUUCGCUUCUUCUACGAGGCUCAGACUGACGGCAGCGUCGCGACUAAGUGUCUGCGCGUCUCCAGCAGCUCUCCAACCCGAGAAGUCCUUCAGAUUCUCUCGGAGAAGUUCCGUCCAGACAUGAAAAUGCUGACGAGUCGUUACUCGCUGUACGAGGUUCACGGGGACAAAGAGCGUAAGUUGGAUCCGGAUGAGAGACCUUUGGUUGUUCAGCUGAGCUGGAACUCAGGAAACAGAGAAGGACGUUUUGUUCUCAGGAAGGACAAUGACGAUCUGAAGGAACCUGAACAGGAAAGAGAAAAAGGAGGUGUUCUUCAGAGCUUCAGGAGGACACUUUCACGAAAGGGAAAGAAGGAGAAGAACAGGAGUAAUGACCAGGAUGGGAACAGGUCCAGAUCAACUGAAGACCUUUUGAACAACAACAGCAUUGGUUGGUCCAGCCCUGAAGAACAAAAGCAUGAUGGGGAGGAGCUCCAUCAGCCUCGGUUACCACUGGGAGUUUACCUCUGUGAUGAUGCAGAGGAAGUCUUCCUGUCUGCAGUCAUCAAUGACACCAGCAGCUCCACAGAUCAGUUCAGGCUGUCGCCGGCGUUCGUCCUUUACGCUGCGGCUCGAUUUGCGCUGCAGCGUCAUCGGAGUCCGGCAUCCUCUUCCUGCAGGGACGCUGUGACCUCCAUCACAAACAAAACGGUGACCAUGACCGAGAAAGUCAUCCAGAGGCAGCAGCUCAUGGUCGGGUCUUUGGUGUUUUGGAUGGCCAACUCUUCUGAGCUUCUCAACUUCCUUAAACGUGACAAAGACCUCAACCUGCUCACACAGCAGAGUCAGCUGGACCUGUCUCACCUGGUGCAUAAAGCCUACAGCUUCCUGCUGCAGAGCCUCCGGAACGAGCUUUGCAAACAUCUACCAACCUUUCUGAUUGAUCCUGAGCGGCAGGGAGGCCUUCCAGCUGGAUUAGAGAUGGUUCUGAACACUCUGAUGAACACCAUGUCUCUGUUCCGCCGCUGUCGGCUCAACCCCGCCUUUACCAUCCAGCUCUUCUCGCAGCUCUUCCACUUCAUCAGCGCCUGGCUCUUCAACAAACUCGUGAGCUCAGGAACCAGCACCCCCGGCCUGCGCUCCCACUACUGGGGGUCAGCUCUGCGUCAGAGACUCACGGCCAUCGAAGGCUGGGCAGAGAGGCAGGGCCUGGAGCUGGUGGCCGACUGUCACCUGGGACACAUCAUACAGGCAACUACACUCCUGACCAUGAAUAAGUACUCAAUGCAGGACGCCAAGGUCAUCCUGGGUACCUGUUUCAGGCUGAACUCCCUGCAGCUGCGGAUGUUGCUGACUGGUUACCUGUAUGCAGCCAACGAGCCACGCAUUCCUCCUGGCUUGAUCGAUGCUGUGGCGGGGGCUGCCGAGACCUCAGCGGAUAACCUGAUCCGGAGUGAAGGACGGGACAUCCAGAUGGAGGAGAGCCUGGACCUGCAGCUGCCGUUCCUGCUGCCGGAGGAAGGGUACUCCUGCCACGCCGUCAGCGGAGUCCCUCAGGGCCUCGCAGACUUUUUGGAGUCAAUUCACCAAAAAGGUCUCUGUUCCCAGACGCCUCGGUCAGAAUCGGAGCGGGACUGGACGGUCCAUUUUGGCGAACCUGCACCCCCGGGGGAGUGCACCGUCAUGGCGACGCAGAGACAGCCAAAGAUGGAAACCAUCACUCUGCACAAACCUGUGAACGGCGGGAUGGGAGUCAGCAUCGUUGCAGCAAAGGGAGCAGAGCAGGAAAACCUGGGAAUCUUCAUCAAAUCCGUGGUCAAAGGCGGCCCCGCUCAAAAGGAUGGGAGGUUAGCCGCCGGAGAUCAGCUGCUCCGCGUGGACGGCCACAGUCUGCUCGGACUGAACCAAGAACGGGCGGCGGCCAUCAUGAUGCAGACCGGCCCCGUGGUGACCUUACAUGUGGCCAAGUCUGGAGCCAGUUACCACGGCCUGGAGGCUCUGAUGACCCCCCCAGCUCCAGAAAACACCUCAAACGGCAGAGAUGCCGCUCCAGAACGCGGUCAGGCGUCCGUGAUCUACUGCGCCGUGGAGGCUGGCGGCAGAAUGACGGGGCAGACGAUGCAGAGGAACGGGCAGCUGCACCGCUCCAGCCCCAACGUUUCUGGAUUCUACCUGGAGGACGGACGUGAACCCACAAACCCCGACGUGCAGGAGAAGACCUCAGCUUCAAGAACCGGCGCCAGAACUGAUACUUUUUCCAGAGAAUACUUGACUCUUCCAAACCCAAAAUCCAAGGCGGUUCUCAGCAGAGCGUCUCAGCCAACCGUCCAGACGCGUCUGAGACCUUCAGAAGCGCCGAGCUCCAAGAGGAACACCUUCAUGCGCCAAUCCUUCUCUCAGGACAACCUGUGCAUGGACAGUGAGCGCCCCCUGCUGGACAACAGGCAGAACAAGUGGGAGCAGAAAGGACAUUCCGGAAGCGGCUUUUCCUCCUUCCCGAUCCGCUGCAGCGCCUCGGCCCACGACAUCCUGUCGGACCGCGGCUCUGCAUCGAAGCAGCAGAGAAGCCGUGAAAGCUGCGCCGGCGUCUGGAGAGCGCCGUUUUCCCAGCAGGCCACGCCCUCAGUGCAGCCCAUCCGCAUCGACAUCCCAGUAACCAGAGCGGCCGGCGUCUACGCCAGUCCUCCGCUCACCACCUUCCAGCACAACCUCUCCAAGAGCAGCCGGACGCUCCGAGAUGACGGGCGGAGUCCUCAGAGCGCGGCGGGUCGCGUUUUUCCAGCGUCUGCAGCCAAGAAAGCAGACAAACCGCAGGGGAGCGUCACCCCAACCAAGCACGUCUCCUUCCAGGAGCCUCCUCCCCAGCAGAGGAGCAGAGACCCGCUGGCGCUGAGCGACCCCUGGAGAAGGGAGGCCCAGGAGGAGCUGAGGAGGCAGCAGAGGCUGCAGGCGGUGGAGCUCCUGCAGCAGGAGGUGCAGGAGCUCCAGAAGAAGGAGCAGCGCAGCUCCACGGAGAACGACCGACUCCGCAGACUCAGCCUGGAGUGGCAGUUCCAGAGGAGACUGCAGGAGGUUCAGCAGAGAGGAGAGGAGGAGGAGGAGGAGGAGGAGAUCCAGAACAACAGGACCUCACAGCAGAGCGGUUCUGAUCCGAACAAAGAGCAGAACCAGGAGAAUCCUCAAAAUGAAGACAAAGUGAGCUCAGGUGAUUACAGAUUUAUUGAUAAGGCAGGUUUUGGUUUCAUGAGGGUGAACAACGUUCUGGUUUUCUUCUCAGAUCAAACAGAACUGAAACCGAAUGGAACCAACAACCCAGCAUCAGCAGAAGACGAGGAGGAGAAUCUCCGGAGGAGCUCAGCCCCGGAGAAGCUCCCCUUCAGGGAGCGCCAGCGUCUCUUCUCCGUGACGUCCAGCGCAUAAGUCACGGUCCAGAGAGGGACCGGUUCACCAGAACGUGAAGAACCGUGGGGUUGUGAUGGAUGUGAUAGUCGAGCUCUGAGAGGAUUUCUGUCCCUUUUCUACUGUGGUUACCUGAAAAUAAAGUUUCCCUGCAGAGCG